CAAGCAGCGCAAUUCUCGCUCGCCCGCCUCCACCGCUCUUCCCUGUCCCCUUCCCCAUUCACACAAUUCCACACGUGGUUCCGCUCCCCACAGCUCGCCAACUCCGUCCCGGAAACGGUGACGCUCUCGACCGCGUCUCUGCCCUCGGGCCGGGUGUCCUCGCGGAUCGUGUACCUGAAAGAGCUCGACACGCGCGGCUUCGUCAUCUACAGCAACUUCGGCACGUCGCGGAAAGCGGCGGACAUCGCGACCAACCCAUUCGCGAGCCUGUGUUUCUGGUGGAAGCCGUGCGAGCGGCAGGUACGUGUAGAGGGGCGGGUCGAGCGGCUGACGCAGGAGGAGAGCCAGGUUUAUUUCGACACACGCGCGAGAGGGAGUCGAGAGGGGGCCUGGGCGAGCCAGCAGACUAGUGUGCUGGUUCCGCAACGAGGGAAAGGGAAAGGUAAGGCCGGAGACAGCGGAGACGUCGAUGAUGUCGAUGAGGAGGACGACGGCCGCGCGGAUCUAGAAUCUCGCGUCGCGGACGCCAAGGCCCGCUUUGACGGCCAGGGCCGAAUCCCAGUUCCGCCUUUCUGGGGCGGCUUGCGCAUCAUUCCGGAGACCGUGGAGUUCUGGCAGGGGCGGGAGAGCAGGUUGCAUGAUCGAUUUCUGUACACGAGAAUCACAGUGACAGGGGAGGAUGCUAAUGAUGGAGAUGGGGCUAGUGCUUGGAAGAUCGAAAGGCUUAGUCCAUGA